UUUUUUUUUGUUAUAUAAAUGCAACGUUACGGCCAAUUUUACUAUUGAACGUGUCUUAAAUUUGUUCAGGAGAAUUGGCAUGGGCGCGUGUCUCGGAGGGAAAAAGAGGAAAGAACAAUCAAGGGUAAAUUCCAACAAGGAGUUUGGCGUAAUUGCGAAAGUAGGUGACCCCCGACAGAAAUUGAAAAUCAAUAAAGUGCAACGGUGUUCGUGAUACACGGGGAACAGUGGUAGCUCUACUCGGCAGUUUUGAGGUUAUGUUGCCCGAGACGGAGAGGCCAGAUCGUCGAACGUUCUAUUUUCGUUUCGGCGAAAAGUGUUUAUUCUUGCCAGUCGUGUAGGCGCGCGUUACACAUUAUAAUGCAUCUGAAUGCGAGAAGAAGUCACGAAAGCGCCGUGAGAUAGUACAAACAUGGGCAGAAGAAAAUCUCACGGAUCGUCUAAAAGUAAACAACACGUUACACACCAAAGGCAAUUAUCAUUAGCGAAAAGAAACGAAAUAAAUGCCUUGUGCGAAAAACUAUUUGUUUUGAGUAUUAAUUCAGCAUACGUGACGCAACUAUGGGACAAUUACGUGGAGAUAUCAACGAUUUUGGAGAAGGUUAAACGGUUGGAGGAAAUGAAGACGGAGUCGCCAAAACGGUCCCAGGGGAUUGGACAAUUCAUAAACUGGCUGAAAGAGAAUGGCGCGAAUUUAGAUGGAGCGAGUGUUGCCGAAUUUCCGGGUUACGACCUAGGCUUGAAAGCGGAACGUAAUUUUCAAGAGAACGAGCUGAUCUUAAGGAUACCGAGAGGACUUAUUUUCAGUACUCAUAACGCGGCUCCGGAGUUGAUCGCUAUUCUAAACGAUCCGUUGAUACAACACAUGCCGCAAGUAGCACUUGCGAUUGCCCUCCUCAUUGAGAGACACAAAGAAAAUUCGAAAUGGAAGCCUUAUUUGGAUAUCCUUCCCACCACCUACACGACUGUGUUAUACAUGACCGCUGCUGAUAUGAUUGAGCUUAAAGGCAGCCCUACGUUAGAGGCCGCUUUGAAACAAUGCCGAAAUAUUGCAAGGCAGUAUUCCUAUUUUAACAAGGUAUUCCAAAACAACAAUAAUGCUGUAUCUACUAUACUCAGGGAUGUUUUUACUUAUGAAAGAUACUGCUGGGCAGUUUCUACAGUAAUGACGAGGCAGAACCUAAUUCCAAGCGAGGAUGGUUCACGCAUGAUCCACGCUUUGAUCCCAAUGUGGGACAUGUGCAAUCACGAGAACGGGAGAAUCACCACUGAUUUCAAUGCAACAUCAAACUACUGUGAAUGUUACGCUUUGAGAGAUUUCAAGAAAGGAGAACAAAUAUUUAUUAGCUAUGGACCCAGAACGAAUUCCGACUUCUUUGUACAUUCAGGAUUCGUUUACAUGGAUAACGAACAAGAUGGUUUUAAAUUGCGGCUUGGAAUUAGCAAGGCUGACUCUCUUCAAAAGGAACGUAUUGAAUUAUUAAAUAAACUAGAUCUGCCCACCGUUGGGGAGUUCCUAUUGAAACCAGGAACAGAACCAAUCUCGGAUUUGUUGUUGGCGUUUCUCAGAGUAUUCAGUAUGCGCAAACCGGAACUGGCACAUUGGAUCCGGUCAGAUCGUGUUAACGAUUUGAAGCACAUGGACUGUGCGCUGGAAACUGUUGUCGAGGAGAACGUCAGAAAAUUUCUGCUCACCAGGUUGCAGCUGUUAAUUGCUAAUUACCCGACGACUCUGAAGGAAGAUCUGCAAUUGCUCGAUACGACGUUGCCGCAAAUCAAAAAGUUGACCAUUCAGUUGAGAGUAACGGAGAAGAAGAUUCUUCAGGGUGCGCUUGAAUACGUGGAACAAUGGAUCAAAGCUUGAGAAUCUGAUCAAAUGUGAAUUUUCGAACCUCUGUCAAGUCAAACGUGUAUUUUUAUUCCUAGAAAAAUGAAUCUCACGAUGGAGUAUAAUUUUUUUAUGGAUCUGCUGGAACUGUGGUUCCGAAAUGAUGAAAGAUUAAACACAUCAUUCGACGAAUGACUGAACGUAUAUAUAAUAUAGAUGUAAAACAAUGUGCAAAACGACAAAGGACAGAGAAAAGGGAGCAAAUGGUGUAAAACAUUCAAGUGUAUAAAACGAUUGAACAGACUAUAUAUAAUAUCUAUGUGUAUUAACAAGUAUACAAUACAAAAUAAUCGCGUUUCACGAUAAAUGUGUCUCUUGUUUUCGAGAGAUGAGAACUUCGUGAGCACAAACCUCUGUUUCUUCGUUUGUGCGUGUGUGUGUGUGUGUAUGUGCGUGCUGAUCGAAUUCCAAUCUCUGAUCAUAAGAACUUACGAAUAUAAUACUUUUAUUUCAGCUUUGAUAAAAAAGAGAAAAAGAGAGAAAAAAAAAUAAUAACAUGUACAAACGAAAUGUUACUAUUCAUGGAUAUUUAUUUUUCAAAGGAGAUAGUUAAGAGAUCUAAUUCUUUAUGUAAGCUAUUGUGCGAUAUUACACAGGCCUACAGAAAUCAGACUUACAAAUGAUUAAUACGCCGUAAGAUUCGUCGAUAAUUGUAUCGAAUUCUAAUAAUACGCAUAAAAGUAAGACAAACAGCGAGUUCCAAAUAAUUUUCAGCCAUUUAAGAAAUUGUAUUGUAUCAUGUUUACCCCAUACCCCUUUGAGAUUUUAUGGGAUUACACUUAAGAAUACGAUAUUGAAGGCAGUACGCUUAUGUGAGUGGUAACUAUAUAUUAACGAAAAGGGAGGAAAAAAUAUAUUGAUGUAUUUAAAUAAAAUAAUAUGUAAACCAGUUCAAUCGCGUAUUACAAAGGAUAACAAUAAGGUAGAAUAAUAAUUUAUUAGAAAUCGUGCUACAGCAGGACUGAUAGCUCUGUGUGUUGCUUCUUUUUUUUCCAAUACAUCGGGGCAGACAUGAUACAGCCAAAUGCGAAAUGCCACGAUAACUUAACUUAACGCAUUUCUCUUCUAAUACAAAAACAUAGAAAAUUUA